AUGGUUUACCACGUUUACCUCAAUUGGACUGGAAACCAAUACAAUGGCCGUGAAAUUCUCGUCUUCCCUAACAGACAAUAUGCAGACGAAUUCUACAACCGAUGCGUCACGACCACAGCUCCUGGCACUGUCAAUCCGCUCAGCGAUGUCGUGAGAUACAGCCCUCAGUUCUGGACGUUCCCCGCCGCUACGCCGGAAUCUCGCCCUUUCUUCUUCAUUGAUUCAAAUGCGAAGGACCUCAUGGCGACUACCAUGGCUGCCCGAAUCAGCGGAUACGACAACAACCAUGCCACUGGCGCCAUGCCGGUCAUUCCCAAUGACGCAACAUCUAACGUGGAAUAUGUCUCAGGUGGUGCUUAUUACAUUCGCACCAAGACAACACCCCACUUGUACUGGUCCGUUAGAGAUGGGAACAAUGGAUUCAUCACUCUUGAUACCAGAAAGGCAACCAAGUUCCGAAUCAACCGCGAUGACUCGGGAAAGCCUUCACCAACGCCGGAAAAUGAUCGUCGUGUCCUUGAAAGGAAAGAUGAUGUCCAACUACUUGCACUGAGCUCUAGUGGGUCCCACAGCAUCGGUGUGAUGGGUCAAUCUGUGUCGGUCAAUGCAACUUCCUUCCGGUUCAGUUUUGGUAGCUUUUACAAUGGAGACUUCGGGGCUAAUUGGGAUGAGAAACCCAACUUCACUGCAGACCCAACUCUCGCUUACAAAGUCGAGUACGCCGGUGAGGAGUGGGAGCUUGUGAACUAG